AUGGCUGCUGGUGGCGUUAAUAGUUCUUCAUCUGAAAUCAAUGUAGUUAUUAUUGGUGAAACAGGCAGUGGUAAAUCAACGUUUAUUAAUUAUUUAACAAAUUUAUUUUAUAAUGGCUCAUUGACAAAUCUGAAAGUAGCCAUACCAACACGUUACUUAAAAGCUAAUAUGUCUUCUGCGAUGCCUCAACAUCAUGAAAAUUGCAUAGAUGAUAUUACACGUAGUAAAACAAGUAAAUGUACAAGAUAUACAUUUACUGUUGAGCAAGUUCAUUUUAAUUUUUUUGAUACACCUGGUAUCAACGAUACCGGUGGUUAUCUAUCUGACAAUGAAAAUGUUGAUCGAAUAUUUGAGUGUAUACAAACAUUACAAUAUUUGACUGCUCUUGUACUUGUUCUAAACGGUACACAAGCACGUUUAACAGUUAAUAUAAAAAAUGUUCUUGAGCGUUUUCGUGAUCGUAUACCUGAUAUAAUUUAUCGAAAUACAAUUAUUAUAUUGACCAAUUGUGCAUCUCAUACAGUUAAUUUUGGUUCAGUUAAGUUAUUAAAUCAUGCACCCGUAUUUUAUAUGCAAAAUUCAGCAUUUUCAUCCGAUGCUCAAGCAUGGACAUAUCAAACACGUGAAAUACUGCAACGUGAUUGGAUUGUGUCAAUGCAAACAAUGAAUGAUUUUAUUAAAAAUUUACUCACAUUAACACCGGUAUCAACAGAAUCAUUGUCAGCUAUGAAUGAGGAUCGAAAUGCUAUACGUAGCGUUUUACAUGAAAGUCGUCUUAUGAUUAUGGAACUACAACAUAUUGAAGAUGAAAUGACGGCACUUGAACAAGCAUCACAUAUAUAUUCAGCGAACGUAGAAAAAUAUGCAUCGGCUAGUGGUCAGCCAACGAAAUCAAUUCAGGUAAACGAAAUCAUUGCAACAUCAUAUCACAAUACAAUAUGCUUAAAAUGUAAUACUGUUUGUCAUGAACGAUGUUCAUUAACAGAAACAACACGAAUUGGUGAACGUUUGUUUCGACGUUGUACAGUUAUUGUUAAUGGUCGAUGCACUGUAUGUGCUGGCAAAUGUUCUUAUGAUAUACAUUAUCAUGAUCGACGUCUUAUUAAAAGUGUUCCGAGAACAUUAAAAGUAGCUAUAUCAUCUAUGGCAAAUAAAUAUACAGAAGCACGAAACGAUAAAGCAGCUUGUGAAACCAAAUGUGAAACAGUUCAAGAAACAAAACGCGUCAUUGAACAAUCAUUGCAGGAACAAUUUACAAAAGUACGCGAUGCAUGUUUACGUGUGAGAAGUAAUUGUCAAGGAUUUAAUGUAGCUGAAGAAUUAUGUAUGUUUGUUAAUUUCCUUAAAAACGAUAUGAGUUCAUUGAGAUCAACAUCGGUUGUGAAAAAGGCAAAAAAAUUUGUUGAAAAACUUGAAACUCUUUCAAAUGAAUUGCAAUAUGAUGAUUCUUUAAUAUCAAUAAUUGAACAGCCAUUAUCAUCAAUAGCAACACAUGCGGCAAUGUCACCUCCACUUGCUGCCAAGCGAAAACCAAUCAACAGUAACAGCAAUACUCAUAAUCAUAAACAACCAUUAAAAGCAUCACAACUUCAAUCAAACUCAACAGUGAAUGAGGAAACGAUUGUAACUAAUACGUCACCAACAUCAUGUAUAAUCACGCAAGUCGAUCAUAUUCUAAAUGGAUCAUUCAAUUCAUUGAAUGUCAUCGGGGAUGUUACAUCAACUGAAGAGGAUGAACAACGAAGAAAAAAAGUGCCGACUAUUGUUAUGCAGGAUUCAUUUCAUCGUAGUCAACCUGUUCAACAACAAGCACCAACAUCGGAUUCGGUGAAUAAUCGCAAACAUGCCGAAUAUUCAACUGAGCGUCUUGUUACUUUAAGUCAUGAGUCAACUGACGAAUAUAAAUUAAUUGGAAAAGAAUUAAAUCGACGCUGUGCUGGUACAUCUGUCGGUUACUUGCCGCCAACACAAUUGGCUCAAUUAUGUGAAUAUUAUGCUUCAUCUAGAAUGUUACAAUUGGACGAACUUGCUCGUGUACAUACACAACUUCAAUCAGACGUACAACAAUUAACUGACCAUGAUCCAUUUGAAAUACUUUCUGUGCCUACAGAUAAACUUUUACAUUUAGCUGCUGUUACACUUUGUUUACAUACUGCUACUAAACAUCAAUAA